GCAACGGUGCCUCGGCAACAGAGCUCCACAGCAACAGCGUGCCGUGUCUCCUCAAUGGAGCUGCCAUUGGGCGGACCAGCGCUCAGGCACUACACCCAGAGCAGACCGAGACCUCACCGACAAAAACUGAACUAUCGUCCCAACAGACCGCAGGAGACAAUAAUUGAGAGUGACAAUGAAGUCCAUGAGUUCAUGGGGCGAGUGGAUGAAGGAGUUGAAGAGUUCUUCACCAAGAGAGUUCUUCCUACUGAUACACCAAACCAGCAACAUGAGGAAUCUAUCACAGUGCACGAAGAAGUGGUUCCUGCCAGCUCUGUCCCUUGCCCACCCCCGACGAAAACACUCAGGAGGAAGCUCGGUGAUUUCUUUACACUUAAAAAGAGACGGGGUCUGAAAUCAGAAACCAGCCAGGAGGGGAGACCCAAAAAGGCCUCCAUUUCUGAUCUCAUUCGCCCACUCAGGGAGGUUGCCAGAGCUGAGAAAGAAAAAGAUAAGGACCGAGUCAAGGAACACGACAAGGAAAAUGAAAAGGAGAAGGCGAAAGAGCAUCCCAGUGCUGUUACUGAAGAGCCCGCUGUUCAGGAGACUACUGGUGCUACGCUGAGGGGUGAAACGGUGCCUCCCCGCCGAGCUCUCAGAGAGGGGAAGUCCCAGUCACUCAUUUUGCUGUCUGGAUCCGCAGCAGCAGGGACUACCAAUGGCAGAAACACUUCAAAGAAACAAUUCGAAGGCCAACAUAGCUUUGAACAGAAACUUCAUCUCAUGCUUCAACGUAUUGGUGUUUCCAAAGCCCAGCCAGGAGAGACACAGAAUCCGGAGGGAGAGAUGAAAAAGGCAGAAUCUGAAGGUACUAUCAUUGACAGUAAACCUCAGCCACCGCCUACUUUCACAAAACCUCGAACGAUGUCUGCAUCAUCAGAUACAAGGCAUCACAUUCGCCCAAGUGUGUCAGCGCACGAGUCAGCUGGGAAACCUGCUUUGCUUCCAAAGCCUGUUAUCAGGCCCGGUCUGCCCCCCACAACAUCUGGCCGCAACACACCUGAGAACGAGCUAGCCCAAAUACAAGAAGGGGAGACAAACACGCCCACUAAACAGACUCCAACUGCAGCUCCUGCACUGACUACUAACACCACUCCUACUACACCAACAAUCUCAAAUUCAGUCACUGACUCAACCGAUUUUACAAGUACUGAAUCUCCCCUUGAUACAGAUAUAUGCACCGACUCUACUAACCCCACUGCAACAGCUACAACACCCACGAUUGGUACGGAGAAUGACAGCAAACCUUCUAUUCCUGAAGCUACUACCACUGAACUACCCACCUCCACCUUUCCCACAACCCUUACAAGCACGACUACGUACACAGAGUCCCCCGCCACCGUUUCAUUUACUUCCACUUCCUAUGAAUCCAUCACUCCAAGCCUCUCUGUCACGUCCAACUCAACAACAAUACCUACGCCUUCCAUUACCACCAGGGAAACGGUUUCUGUUCCCAGCAAUGAAAGCUCCAUUUCCACAACAAAUCUGUCAACUGAAUCAACUUUUUUCUCAUUCGAUGCCACUCCUGCUGCUGGUGGUGAUGCAGCUAUUUCUGCCAUCACCACAGCUUCUUCACCCUCCACCAGCAUAUCAGAUAUGCCGCCAGGCUCUUCUGCUUCCACCAAUUCAGUUACUAAAGCUUGUGAUGAUCCUACUUUCGUCACCUCCUCUAGCUCUGUAACUUUAGCUUCAUCAGUCACUAAAACAACAUCUCCAAGUGAUACCAUUGCAACUGCAGCUUCACCUCCUGCCUCCAUUGCCUCUUGCUCCACCCUGAUCUCUUCUCCUGCCCCUCCUCCCACCAACUCCACCUCCUCCACCACCGCUACCAGCCCAACAUCCACCGACUGCAUGAAUUCUAUCUCUUCUUCCACCAUUACUCACCCAGCCACCCCUGGCCCUGCUGAUAUAUCCGUUCCCUCAACUUCUUCCAGUGAAACAAACCCCACAGAUACCCCUUCCACUGCCACCAGUUUAAACCAUGCAGACACCACUUCCACCAGCAGUUCAGCUUCCACAGCUGCAAUUUGCUUCCCACUUAUGACUGACUCAGACCCACUUAACACAAAUGACGCCAGCACUACCCUCACACCAACUACUGAUAACUCAAGUGCUGCUUCUCAACAUUUGACCAGUCCAGAUCAAAAUAAUGAUUUUCAGACAUCUCCUGAUGAAAUAUCCAGUGUCGAGCCUGCAGACAAGGGCACAGCAGAUGAAGAGCCUGAGAUGGUUAAAAAGAGUGAGCUUACUGAGAAGGAUGAGAGCAAGAAAGCCAAUGAUGGUGGGAAGGAGACCGAGAAUGAAAACCAGAAACCAGCUCUCACUUCUGACAGCGAAGUGAUAAUGAAAGAAGUGCAGGAAGAAAGUGUGAAACCUGAACAACACACAAUUAAAUCUGAAGUGGCUGAACCUGCAUCAGGUCAAGAUGGUGAGCUGUGCAGCAACAUGGGGGAGAUAGAAGGUCAAAAACAAGAAGAGGGCGAGAAGUAAUUCAAAAGUAAAGAAAUUGCUAAACACGGGACCAACUACUGUGAUGGGGCAGGAGAGGCCACAGUAAAGGGUAAAGGGGGAGAUGAUCCAUGGCACUUCCUACCGGGACCACCACAUUACAGCAGCACACCACAGAGGGUGGGCCACUGGACCAAAGAACUGAGAUCCCCUUGGUGUGAUGUAAUCAACAAAUCCAGCAGUGUCUUUGUCCUUUUUUAACUUACGUUUGAAUUUUUGCAUUGCACGUAUGAUUAUGUACCAUAAGACAACUAUUGUGGUAAAAUACACCAUGUUUACAAUAUAUGGAUAAGAGACAUAUGACUAUUAAAUGGAAUAUUGAAUUGA